AUGUCAACUUUUACUCGGCCAUCUCUCCAAGUCGCACAAAUCUGUCGUGGCUUUCAGCCUCGUACCCAUGCCUUAAAUUGCAGGGGUUUCGCAACCAGCAAUCCAAGUCAAGGCGGGUCCAACUCUAGAUUGAAACUCAUCUCGCUCGUUAUUGGCAUUCCAGCUGUAUUUUAUCUUUGGCCUCGUGGCUCUAAGAAUUUGAAAGAGGGGCAUUUGUCAAAGACCCAUGGAGCAAAUCAGGAGUAUGAAAGUGCCGCAGAGGGAAAUCAGCAGGAUACAUCUAAGGGUCCAGCGUAUGAUGAGCCGAGAGCUAUGGGCUCCACAAAGGGACCUAAUAGUAUUUCGUUCAAGCAGCAGGGACUUUCGAAUGCUGAUACUAUGAAUCCAUUCGUUAAUGAGCCUGGGAAGAGUCAGAAAGGGGAGGGGGAGACGGAGACGGCGAAGGUUAAAGGGACUGUUUCACCUACUCGCCCUCAGGUAUAG